AACGCUUUCAUAUGGAGAACACAGUUGGCCUCUGAAGAAUCUGAGCAGGAUUUGGCCAGCCCAUUCCCCCUCUGUUUGGGAAAGUGAAAAUUCCUGAAGGCGCUUCACUUCAGGUUUCUGGUGGGGAUUUAAACAUGCAUGCAGAGACUUUUGUGAACUCCGUCUUAGUUUCUGUGCUUCUGAUUUUGCUCUCAGCCAUUGAAGGAAGUUUACUGCAGUCACUGAGGCAGGUGGGUGGAGAGUGUAAGCUCUCUGCCGAAUCAUCACUGAGGCGCUGUCGGACCUCCGAUGGGUUGAUCUGCAGCGGGAGAGGCGAGUGUGAGUGUGGGAUUUGCAUAUGCCAGGUCACUGAACUGGGAACAUUUUAUGGACCACGAUGUGAAUGCCAUGACUGGGUCUGUCCGACAUACGAUGGGAAGACCUGUGGAGAUCAUGGGAUAUGCAACUGUGGAAAGUGUUUCUGCGAUGAGGAUUGGUUUGGGGAAUCCUGCCAGUAUCAGGAGGAAUGUUCUCUCUCUGUUAAAACUAGUAAAGACCUCUGCCGCAAUGCCCAGGGUGUAGUUUGCUCCAAUGCAGGCAACUGUCACUGUGGCAGCUGCAUGUGCCAUAAUCCCGACGGGAAGGGCUUGAUCAGUGGACGCUACUGCGAGUGUGAUGACAGCGAGUGUUUGGAUGAAGAGUCUGGAGAAGUGUGUGGAGGCCAUGGAAAGUGUUACUGUGGAAACUGUUACUGCUCGGCUGGUUGGCAUGGAGAUAAAUGUGAAUUCCAGUGUGACAUCAGCCCAUGGGAGAGUAAACGGAGAUGCACAUCUCCAGAUGGCAAGAUCUGCAGCAACAGAGGAAUCUGUGUAUGUGGUGAGUGCACCUGCUAUGACGUGGAUCCCUCAGGAGACUGGGGCGACAUCCAUGGAGAGACAUGCGAGUGUGACGAGAGAAGUUGCCACGCUAUGUACGACAGAUACUCUGAUGAUUUCUGUUCAGGUCACGGCCAGUGUAACUGUGGCAGAUGUGACUGCAAGGAUGGCUGGGCCGGAAAGAAAUGUGAUCAUCCUCUUUCCUGUUCACUGUCUGUUGAGGCCAGUCAGAAGAAGUGCAGGGGAACUUCCAACCUGCCCUGCUUUGGCAGAGGGCAGUGUUUGUGUGGCCAGUGCACAUGCCAUCCACCGGGAGAUAAACGUGUACAUGGCAAGAACUGUGAGUGUGACGACCGGCAGUGUGAGGACCUGAACGAAGAAAUUUGUGGAGGCCAUGGCUUCUGCUCAUGUAGCCGAUGUAUCUGUAGUGAUGGAUGGUUUGGGAAGCACUGCCAGUUCCCCCGCAGCUGUGACAUGACGGACGAGCAAAGCAAGAGCCUAUGUGAGACGGCUGACGGCGUCAUGUGCUCUGGAAAAGGCUCUUGUCACUGCGGUCGGUGUAUCUGCUCGCCACAGGAGUGGUACAUUUCAGGGGAAUUCUGUGAAUGCGAUGACAGGGAGUGCGACCAACAUGACGGGCUGGUUUGCACAGGGAACGGUGUGUGCAACUGCGGAAAUUGUGACUGCUGGGAAGGCUGGACAGGAAACGCCUGUGAAAUUUGGGUUGGAGAGGAGUAUUAACCCUGGUGGACACUUGAAGACUGUUUGUGUUUUUAACCAAGACAAGAAAAGGGCUGCAACAACAGCAAACGAGGGAAAAUUAAUUAUAGAUUAGAUCAAAGGAAAUGUCUGUGAUAUAACAGCAUUAAAUGCUAAAAUAAUUAACUCCUCUAUAUGCACAUAAAUUCCAUAAGGAUUUUUUUUUUUUUCAGGCAGAUGAUUUCUAUAUUCUUCUAUAGAUUUCCAUAUAACUAUGUAUAUGACAUUUUUAUAAUAAUGCUUACAUAGUCUAUUAUCUGACACAUAAGCAGGCACGAAAAAUUUCAGAUAAGAAUAUUUUAUUAUUAUUAUUAUCAUUAUUAUUAUUAUCAUUAUCAUUACUGAUUGAGUGAAAUGUUUUGACCACAUUUUAUUCAUGGUAAGUUUCAUUUGAAAUGUGCCUUGUGAUAAAAACAUGUUCUUAAGUUGUAAAGAGCUUGUUACCAAUAAAUUGUACCUGCUCAGAGAUAAC